AUGUCAGACCAACCUCACGGAUCAUGGCGGAAAGAAUCUCCUGACCCGAAACGUGUUUCUGGCUUCACGAGCGUCUCGCGAUGCCUCCGAGGCAAUGGUUACACAGCAGGGCGGACAGCAUGA